AUAAACCAAAAAAAAAAAAAUUUGAAAAGAAUGAAAAAAUGAAAAGACAAGAAAUGGAGGGUUAAGGCAUGGCAUGGUAUGGUAUGGUAUAUGGUAUAUACCAUGUAUUGUAUCAAUCAAAAUGACAAGGGUAUGGGGAAGGGAAUGGGAUGGCCGACCAUUUAAAGAAUUUAUUUAUUUAUUUCUUUUUCUUGGUAAGGAAGAAAGGAUGGGAAAUGAGAGUAAAAAUAUCUUUUCAAAAGAGAUGAAUAAAAUAAUGAGGUGAAGACAAAAAGAGUUAAAAUAAAUACAGAAAUAUAAGAAAGUACGUUAAAUUCUCAUAUAAAAUCUCACUACCAAACUGCUAUCUUAAAUAAUAAAUUACGAAUUCUUCUCAUUAAAAUAUUUAUACUUAAAAAAUACGGGAUUUUACAAACUAUGUUGUUGACCAUCUUAUUUUUCAUAGAGUGAUGACAUAUAACAUGGUGAUUGUAGCAUUACUUGUUUGGGUUUACUAGAAAAUGAGUUUCUUGAGAACUCUUUUUGUCUCUGUUGCUUCUGCCAGUGACCAAUCUUGUGAAUUGUUCAAUAGUCCUCAAGGAUCAAGCAACGCUGUCAGCAAUGGUGAUACUUUUGGAACUGGAAUCAAAUUAAAGACUUGCCUAACUCGUAAUCAACCUAGUUCCAAAAGCCUGAGGCAGCAAGGAAAUGCACCGAGAAAAGUAUUCCGGCUGAAGAAGAAACUUCAAGUUCCAUCGUUUUACCGCAGCAAUUUUAGAGAUCUGAGCUACAAGGAACAAAACCAUGAAGCAGAAUUAGUAGUGGCGAAGGCUGAAGAAAAGGAAAGUGUCAGUGCUGAUCCAGCUGCUAUUGUAGACGAGGGCCAGGAUACAUCCCUUACUAAGUCCAAUAAUGUCACAAAGUUGCUCAAGAACCGGCUUGGAAUGUGAAAUCCAGAAGGGAUUUUCCAAGAGGCGGUGACAAAGAGGUUACCUGAGUCUUUGUAGGCUCCUCUAGCAUCGCACUCCAUUUUCUCAUCUAGGCAUAUACUUGGUGUACUUUUGACUCUAGGUUUACCCAUUGUUAUUGUGGGUUUAUUGAGAUAUCUUGAGUUUUGAAGUUAAUUAGAGAAGAGAGCUUGUUGUGUGUAUAAUUUUGACCCCCUAGUUAAUGUCUU